ACCGUCUGGGAGUAUGGUCGAUGCAUAUGCGCGAGCCGGUCUCGACGCGCCCCACUUGGCGAGACGCGUUGCGUUCUUUCACGCCAUGGAGAUACUCACGGCUACUAUUCCUCUUGACGGCGGCCUCGUUCCUUGGUUCGUGGUGUUGACGGAAGAACCCCGGACUUCGGAGGCAUCCUUCAUGCUCAACAAAAUAUUUGGAAACAUCAUCCUGGAGCUUAUAGAAUCCGGCUUUUCUGAGCGGAAGGAUGCAACGAUCAUAUCCAUUUUGGACGCAUUUGAAAGACACGACGGUCGAGCGAGAUGUCAAAAUAGUGCAGCCGAUCUGUUUCUGCGUAUCGCUGAGACGCAUCUGGAAUCGCUUGACGAAUGGUCAAGCUAUAUUUCCUUGGCCAGCUUUCGCUACAUGGCGAGAAUGAUGGAUUCUUGGGAUCUCGGUUACUUGCUCGAUAAUCUUGCUCUGAACGGGCUCGAACAAGACAUUGUCCAGCACCCAACAUUUACUGGAACUGUGACUAAACUCAUUUACGAUAUCAUGAGACGACAUUUGCAGAAGGAGAGGCUUGCGUGGAGAUGCCCCGACUCGGAGCUGAACAUGAUCUACAACAGCAUUUUCAAUCUCUAUCCGAUUGCUCUGCGCGUCUUCACUUUUCAUGGAUCAGCUUUCGGAAAUGCACUCCUCGCACUGUGUACCUACUGUGGGUUUUGCUUGAAGGAGAUGGCUAUUCCUCUUACCGACGAGCUGGUGACUAUGACGAGGGUUCUCAGCACCCACGAGGUCAAUGCCAACGAAUUUCUGAUUAGCCGCACAGACCGGAAUAGUGCAUACCGCGACUCGCUGAGGAUGUGGGGUUUUGUUAUCCGGUGGAAAGGGCACAGAGACUGGGGAGUCGAUACUCAGGAGCUGAAGCAGGAAUCUCGACAUGAUUACAAGGCGCGGAAAGGACGGGAACAGGGGGAACAGGGGGAACAGGGCGAGAGACUCGGCCAACAUGCCGGCGCAAAGAACUCAUACACAAUCCUCACAGAACCGGACAAUUCCGACAAUGGACCUCUCGCAAAGCGUGCUAAAUAUGACCCUGCGGUCCAACUUGAGCCGUCAUCAGAUGAUCUCAACUUAUUCUCCCAGGGGAUCGAAAUCAAUGAACCCCGCCGAACACGUCCCAAUGGCCGAGAUCGGCUUCCAUCAUCUGACGACAUGGACCUCUUCCAGCACUUGACGCCUGCAAUAAGACGCCGCCGUCCUCGCGGUCUGACGUCAUUCAAGCAGCGGAUGCUCAAUGCCGGGGCAGACGUCAUGUGA